GUUGGUUCCUGCACUACAGGUAGACCUGUGGCAGCCUGGCAGCAUCUCGUACAUCUCAAAGGGUGCAGUUACGGACAUACGUGUAUCAAGGAACAAUUCGCAAAUUCUUCUACCUUACCUACAAGAAGCAAACAUCCGAUAUACAGUCCUCAUAUCUGAUCUGCAAAAAGCAGUAGAAAAGCAGAGUGGUUUGGGGUCAUCCAGGAAUCGUAGAUCAUUACCAGGAUACAGCUAUGAAAUAUAUCAUUCACUGGAGGAAAUUCAAAGUUGGAUGUAUCAUCUGAACAAAACUCAUUCAGAUCUUGUCCACAUGUUCUGUGUUGGCAAGUCAUAUGAAGGAAGACCACUUUUUGUGCUAAAGCUAGGCAAAAGAUCACGCCUUUACAAGAAAGCUGUCUGGAUAGACUGUGGAAUCCAUGCAAGAGAAUGGAUUGGACCAGCAUUUUGCCAGUGGUUUGUGAAAGAAGCUCUCCAGACCUAUAAAAGUGACUCAGCCAUGAGAAGAAUGUUAAAUCAACUGUAUUUCUACAUCAUGCCUAUUUUUAAUGUGGAUGGAUACCAUUUUAGCUGGACCCAGGAUCGAUUUUGGAGAAAAACAAGAUCAAAGAAUUCAAGAUUCCGUUGCCAUGGCGUAGAUGCCAAUCGUAACUGGAAGGUGAAAUGGUGCGAUGAAGGGGCUUCCACCCACCCCUGCGACGACACAUACUGUGGUCCUUUCCCUGAAUCUGAGCCAGAAGUGAAGGCUGUAGCUCACUUUCUUCGCAAACACCGGAAGCAAAUGAAAGCUUACUUGUCCUUUCAUGCGUAUGCCCAGAUGUUGUUGUAUCCCUACUCUUACAAGUAUGCCACUAUUCCAAAUUUCAGCUGUGUGGAAUCUGCUGCUUUUAACGCUGUAAAUGCCUUGCAGUCAGUUUAUGGGAUAAGAUACCGAUAUGGCCCUGCCUCCAGCACUUUGUAUGUGAGUUCUGGCAGUUCUAUGGAUUGGGCAUACAAAAAUGGCAUCCCAUAUGCGUUUGCAUUUGAGCUGCGUGAUACAGGGCAUUUUGGAUUUCUACUGCCGGAGACCCUAAUUAAACCAACGUGCACAGAGACCAUGCUGGCUGUUAAAAAUAUAACCAUGCAUCUGCUGAAAAAAUGUCACUAGGGUUUGCAGCAAAGGGCCAAAACUGUAUUUCUUUUUAACUGUCAUUGAAAAUGUUUAUUACUUAGACAAUGUCAUGUCAAUGGAGCCUAGAAUCUGUCCUGCUGGUGGAGCUAAUCAAAGUGGGGGGGGGGGGAGAUGACAUUCACACUACAUGUAGGUUGAAGAGUAUGAUACAUAUUCAGGGCUAUGUGUAUAAUGGACUCAUACCACUCAAGUGUAGACAUCGGUUUUGAGCUGGAAAGAAUAUGGUUUGGCAAGGUUGAAGAAAUUCUAAGAGCUGGGGAUGAGAGUACAGCAGAGACGGGGAAUCUGUAGCCUUUAAAUGUGGGACUCUAACUCCUAUCAGCCACAGCUAGCAUGACCAGAGGUCAGGGAUGAUGGGAGUUGGAGUCCAGUGUGAUUUUCUUUGGACAGUGUAUGAAAAAUAAAUGUAAGCCCUGUCAAGGAGGGGGUCGCUUCCCCGAGUCCUCCCUCCAAGCUACUAAUCAAUCACACACAUGCACCGAACGGGUUACCAGGUUUUAUUGACAUCUUCUCUUCCACCAACUACAGAGCAUCAAAUAGCAAGUCUAA